AUGUGUAGCCGUAAACGGCUCGUCAAUCAGAGUUUCGGAGAGAAAGUUAUGGUGUUGGCUUUACAAGCUGAACUCUCAUUCUUACAAAAUCAUCUUGCUACAAUAGAGAUACGACAACCGCCACCAAUUCCUCCAACGCAAGGAGUGCCGACAUCACCUAUUUUCUCAGUUGCAGACUUACCAACGGUUGUGGGUGUUGCCCCCACCACCUUAUCAAUGCUGGCCACUUUUGAUCCAUCUUCCCACUUUGAUCCAGCAACUUGGGCUAUGUAUCAACGGGCCAUGAUGGACCCACGGCAAUACAUGGCUGUUUCAAGCCCAAUAGGCCCAACUGCUAGUGGUGAUGUUGAUCUCCAAACAGUUGCAUGUGAGCUCAUCAAUAGGCACGUGCCUUUGCAAGCACCACCUCAGACUUCUGGUUCCAAUGUUGCAUCGACGCCAGCUCCAUCACUUAGUUCUUCUAAGUGA